AUGGCCUCGCGGGGAACAAUCCCGACGCAGGGCGUCGGCUUAACUUUCUUUCAUCACCGCCUCGCACUCUCUGUCACCGUCCGGCAACCGUACACGCUUUCUUCUCUCUUCUGCCCUGCAAGGUUACGUAUAGGCGUCAUCUCUGUACUCGAGCUGGAAAUCAAAACGGCAAUCAAGCUCAUCGCAGUCCCAGCUCGCAGCCUCACCUGGUGGUUGGGCACAAGCACCUCGCCCGGAUCUGGGGGCGUUAUAACUCCCGAAGUGUGA